GUGGACCCAUCAAACUCUUGAUGCAAUAUUUUACUUUCGUGAGUAGUGCCUUUUGCUCUAGAUGUUCUUCAGCAACAUAUUAUUAUACUUACCCACAAACUAUUACUGGGGACAUUCUUAUUUGUCCGUAGUUGAAUUGUGUAUAUUUUCCUUCGUUCAAUCAUGCCCUGGUGGAAUUUCAGAUCCACCUUUUGUUUUAAGAUUUUCAAUGGUUUCUCUCCGUCUCAGGGGCCGGAAACUUCUGCAGUCACUACUGAUUCAUUUUCUGAGCUCCAACCAUUGAUGAAAUUCAAGAACCAGCAGAAGGGAAUGAGGGAAGCCGAGCUCGUGGCACACACUGUGAGGUCUCAUGGGGUCACAGUCGCGAGGACACACAUGCAUGACUGGUUGAUACUGAUGCUUCUUGGGGUGAUUUUAGUCAUUCUGAAGAUAAUCAAUCCAUUUUAUCGCUUUGUUGGGAAAGAUAUGAUGUCUGAUCUCAAAUAUCCCCUGAAGAGUAACACAGUACCUGUAUGGCUUGUGCCAAUUUAUGCAGUGCUGUUACCAGUAGCAGUUUUCCUACUCUUCUAUGUUCGCCGAAGAGAUGUCUACGAUCUUCAUCAUGCCGUAUUAGCAGGGAUUCUAUUCUCAAUCUUGAUAACAGGGGUUCUUACUGAUGUAAUUAAGGAUGCAGUUGGUCGCCCUCGGCCAGACUUCUUCUGGCGAUGUUUUCCAGAUGGAAAGGAUGCUUAUGAUCAAUGGGGAAAUGUUGUUUGCCAUGGUGACAAAAGUGUCAUAAGGGAAGGACAUAAGAGUUUUCCUAGUGGGCAUACUUCAUGGUCUUUUGCGGGGCUGGGCUUCUUAUCACUGUAUCUAUCGGGGAAGCUAAAGGUAUUUGAUAGGAGAGGUCAUAUUGCAAAACUCUGUUUAGUUUUGCUUCCUCUACUUGUUGCAUCACUGGUUGGCAUUUCUCGAGUGGAUGAUUAUUGGCACCACUGGCAGGAUGUAUUUGCAGGAGGUUUACUAGGUCUAGUGGUAGCCACAUUUUGCUAUUUGCAGUUCUUCCCACCUCCGUAUCACGUUGAUGGUUGGGGGACAUAUGCGUAUUUCGGGAUAUUGGAGUCGCGCUCCAAUGUAAACAACUUAAAGACCUCUGAGGCCAUGGUUGAAAUCCAACAAAAUGAAAGAAAAAGCAAUGCUGUCAUAGGGAUAUCGUCAUCUGGUAGUCCCAGCUUACCAGUUGAAGAUUUAGAAUCUGGAAGGAGUGGAAUGCAAGAGAAUAAUUCUUCGAGUGAAGCCCUCACCGGCAGCUCCACAUCCGCGGUGUCACUUCAGCGCUUCACUAGCACCAAUCCAUUUCUAUCUCCUACAUCUCCGACUUACCUGAACCCCAAUCCCUACCGCUACUCCACACUUUUCCCGCAGAACUACUCACCAAAUUCUCCCUCUGAAACCGCCUCGUUCGACGGCGGUGAUAUCGCCGCCACCGAAGAGAGCCUCCACGAAGCUAGCCGCAUCCUCGAAUAUCAGCAGCUCUAUAAUCGACAUACCGUCUGCCUUGCUCGCCUCCACGAGUAUAUCAAUGAAGUUGAUUCCCUCCGCUGCGAGAACAACUCCCUCCGCCUGUCCAACGCUGAUCUCACCCGCCGUCUCACUCUCCUUGUCAACCAGAAUUGCCUUCUCUCUGAUUUCAACCGCCUCAACAUCGUCCCUUCCCCCACUGUCUCCUUUCCUACAUACGCCACUCACGUGACCUCUUCUCAACCUCUUAUAGAGGAGAAUCACAUGCAACGGACCCCAGAGCGAGUCACAAUUCCGAAGAGUAUCUCGGUGCGUUCCAGCGGCUAUCUGAAGACUCGAAUGGACCAAGAUGUGACUCGCCAACAAGUAGCUGGUGAACCUGGUCUUGCAUCGCAACGGGUGUACGUACCAGGGAGCAAAAGGGAAGAGGAAGCUCUGGAAUUUGAAGUGUACAACCAAGGAAUGUUCAAAACAGAGCUGUGCAAUAAGUGGCAGGAGUCUGGUGAAUGUCCUUAUGGAGACAAUUGCCAGUUCGCGCAUGGUAUCAAGGAGCUGCGUCCAGUGAUAAGGCACCCUCGCUACAAGACUGAGGUUUGCCGUAUGGUUCUCGCGGGAGACAUCUGUCCCUAUGGUCACCGCUGCCAUUUUCGCCACGCGCUCACCGAGCAGGAGCGGCUCAUGGCAAUGGCACCAGCACCGCGUUAGUUGGUUCAUCCGCACAGGAGAGUUUAUGAACUCUGGGGUGGGCUUAAUUUGGUAAAUCUGGAUGAAAAUAUCGUUUAAUAAUUGUUGUUGCUAUUAGCAUGCAUGAUUUACGUACGAAAUACUGGAUAAUUACUUAGUUAUAGCUUGUAAGUAUGAAAAAAAUGUGAAAAUAUAUACUCAUAUUGCAAGAGUAGUUCAAGAUUAUAUGUUUAGCUAGCUUCUGAUACGGUAUUAUAUAUAGCUGAUACAAAAGUAUUAAAUAUGAGGAAUUGAGAUAACAUUUGAGAUUUUCAUA